CCAGCCCAGUUCAUGUGUAAGUGACUUCCACUAGUCAAUGGUUGCUUAGCUAUUUGGACUGGAGAGUGGACUGGAUAAGACAGUUCCUCGUUGAAGAUUAUCAGGAAAACGAUCUAUCCAGUAGAUACAUGGACAAGUCUACUUACUCUACAUGGUGCACGAUUCAUCCGUUGCUUUAGAUUUGCCUCCACACACCUCCACAACAGCCUUUCCCAGCGUUUACCCACCCCCUAACAGUGACUCAGCAGAUACUGUGACGACCCUGAUUCCCUGUGGUAACAUGUCCAUGUUCAGCACGGGCAUCCUUGUGCUGACGUCUCCUCUCCACACCCUCCCCUUGCGCAUCGCCCCAGUGCUCAGCUCGGCCGCUCAGCUAGUAGAGCGCACGCUGUACGUCCACCUCCACCCUGGGCUGAACCUGGGCAGCGAGAGCCAGUCGCGACCAGUUUUCAUUCCACCGGUAGUGGACCUGUCCACGUUCAUCGCCCGCCUUUACAGCAACGCAACUGAUGUGUGCGGCCACCUGGAUGUUCGUGUUUUGCUGACCAAUGUUCGCGCUCCGUCAGCCACCUCCAGCGGGAUCCCAAACUGCCCCUUCCCCACGCCACAGUUUCUGUCUCACUCCCCGGAGGUGGUGCUCACAGACUUUCCUCUGCAGGACCCGAGUCAGGCCAAUCAGGUUACGAAGCGUCUGCAGAGGUACAUGGGCCACUGCUACGUGUGUAGCCCCGCCCUGCCGUCAGUGCUGCUUCACCCACAGCUAAUGAGACUGCUGGAGGAAGAGGAAGAGCUGGAAGAGCCUGAAGAAAACGCAGAACCUUUGGAGACCUACGGGGACGUGGUUGUAGGGGGGACGUUUGACCGGCUCCACGGGGCCCACAAGACGCUGCUCAACAUCUCAUGCCUGCUAGCCAAUAGAAGGUUCCUUAUUGGUGUGUGUGACCAAGCGAUGCUGAAAAGAAAAGUGCUAAAGGAGCUGGUGGAGCCCUACUCUCUGCGGGUCCAGAGACUACAGGAGUUUCUGGAAGACAUCAAACCCUCGCUGCAGGUGGAGAUCGUGCCCCUCGACGACCCCUUCGGAGUAUCAGUGGUUGACCCCUUGCUGCAGUGCAUUGUGGUUAGCGAGGAGACUAGGAAGGGAGGCGAGGCUGUGAACAAGAAACGCAUUGAGAACGGCCUUCCACCUCUCGUCCUCCACGAGAUCCAGCUGCUUAAAGACGCCCACCACACGGAGACGGAGGAGGAGAAGAUCAGCUCCUCCAGUCUGCGCUCUCGUCUGCUGGGCACCCUCCUCACCCCGCCCAAAGACACAUCCCAUCUCGCUCCUCUUCCGUACGUGAUUGGCCUGACGGGAGGCAGCGGCAGCGGGAAGAGCUCCAUCGCCAGGCAGCUGGAGGCUUUGGGCGCCGUCCGGAUCGACUGUGACAAGCUGGGCCACGAGGUGUACCUGCCCGGCACUGCAGCCUAUCACAGAGUGCUGGAAGAAUUUGGGUCAGAUCUUCUGAAUGAAGAUAAAACCAUCAACAGACGUGCAUUAGGAAGAAAGGUUUUUGGAAACCAGGAGCGGUUAAAAGCGCUGACAGAUAUUGUUUGGCCUGAGAUUGCACUUCUGGUGAAGAACAGAAUCAGCCAAGCCAGAGAGGAAGGUAAACAGGUGUGUGUGUUGGAUGCAGCCGUUCUACUGGAGGCCGGCUGGACAGACAUGGUCCACGAGGUCUGGGUCACCGUCAUCCCUGAGGAGGAGGCUGUGUUAAGGAUAACAGAGCGAGACGGCGUGACCACAGAGGACGCCCUGCGCCGGCUGCAGAGCCAGUGGUCCAACAGCAAGCAAGUCGGGCACGCCAACGUGGUGCUCAGCACGCUGUGGGAGCCGGAGGUCACUCGGAAACAGGUACUGAAAGCCUGGAAUCUCCUUCAGAAGAGAAUCUAACAGAGGCAAGAGAGACAGGUGUGAGCGUCUACACCAUCUCAGCUGUGACCCAUGCACACAGAACAAGCGCGUGUCACGCCCACGGACACACAAAUGACUGAUCCACAUAAGGAAACGCUGCCUUAGAAAGAAGUUGAGAAUGGUUACCGUGCCACUGCAGCAAACGCGACGAGCUCUCUCACUUCUUUGACAAAGACUCAGUGCCUGAUUGACUUUCCACAGGAUUUUAAACUCUAGUUUUAUGUUAAGUUGAAAGAUGGAUGAGGGAAAAAAAAGCACUUCAUAAAUGAUCUCUAACAAAAAUGAUUUUGGAAUUUUAAAGCUGGAAUUCACGUUUGGGAUUAAUAAAGUGUUAUCUUAUCCUAAGAAUUGUAGGUCUGUUUUCAUCCAAAGAUGUAUUUUUUAUGAAUGCAUGCCUUCGAAUAGGUACUGUUAUUUAAAUAUGUCCAACAGUCAGCAAUCCCAGAUCAUUUCAAGACCAAACCUCUCUGUAAAGUCUAAUAUUGUGGGCGGUCACCUUGAAGUUCUGUCCUCGAAGUAUAAGUAAUAUGAAUGUAGCUGAGAAAAGCCACUAAUGGUAAGAGAAAGGUGAGGUACCGCAUUGAAAGAUUGUUAAAUCACAGAAUUAAAUGUUGUUUAUCUUUGUGGUUUCGGGGUUGGGAGAAUAUUUUAACAAAAAACAAAAAACAAGGUUCAUUAUAUUUGAGAAAUAUGUGCAAUAGAUUAGGAUAUUUUGUAAAAUUACCAGCGUAGUUGUCAUGUUGACAUACACCGGGCACUGAAAAAGAUUGACAUAAUAGUGAAAUUGUAUAUUGAUUGACUAAUAAAAGGAAAAAGCAUGUGUAAAAAA